ACUAAUUGGCACUUCUAUAGUGUAUCAUAUAAAUUUCUACUCUGAAUUAAGUUCUACUGAAUUCAGGGACUUACUUGCAGGGAAACAUAUACAGAAUUGCAACUUAAAAGUAUUUUCAAUAUUCCUUUGAAAGAUUUUUUUUUAAAUAUUCAAGAAAAUAAAUAAUGGCUCUACUUAUUCCUUACAGCAUAUAUUUACUAUAUUUAAAUAUUUAUUAUUGUUUUCAACCUUAUUAUAUCUGGCACAAAUUUAGUUUUCCAUAAACUUAGCCGCAUUCCAAAGUGGGAGGGUUUUUGUUGUUGUAAAAAAAAACCCCAGCAAGUCUUGGGCUCCAUGCUGCCCUCUCUUCCUGCUGCAAUGAAAUUCUGACUUACCUUAAUCAUAGUUCACUAUGUUAUCUAAAUUUUAAAAUUGUUGCACUUGACCAUGGUUGUUUGAAAGAAGCUAUCCAGUAAAACUAUGGUUUGAAAUUGGCCUGUUCAUACAUUAUAAUGAAAAUUAACAAUAAUUUAUUUCAAUUAGGACACUGACAAAACAAUAAGUUGUGGUUAAUGUAUAACAGUGUAUUCUGAAUCCAUUCCUGGAGCUGUACUGGAGGGAUUGGCAGAAGCAUGUAAGUUUUGCCUAAAUGAGGUAGCACAUUAUGUCCUGUCCCUCAGUGUUUGAUUCCUUUCAAAUAGUUUUGAAAUGCUAAUAAUUUGUUUUUAAAAAACUAUCUGACAAAUAAUAAAUUAAAAAGACACCCAGGCUAUAUUUAUACUCCUGAGGCAAUCAUAAAGCCAGUAAUGAAUUUUGAAUAAAUUGUUUUCUUUAGGGAUACAGUACUAUAUAUUCUGAUAAUGGAUUCCAUACAAUAAUGUCAUAUUAAUUUUCAGCUGCUCAGUGCAUAUUAUCCUUUAUGUGACAUUGGACUGAAAGCCCAAUUACUGUAUAACAGUGCAGUCACUUUUUCAUUCUCAAUGUCUCAACUUUUUAUUUGAGUCACUAUUGUUUUCUGGUCUAUUCCAAAACAGAAUCUGGGGUUGGUUAUAUCUAAAGGAGAUCCAUUUAAAUCAAUUAUAUUUAAACUAGCUGUGAAUUAAAUGUAUCUCAUUGAUUUAAGUGUACCUCCUCUCUGCAUGUCUAAAUUUGAAUCUAAUGCUAUAUUCUGACUAUUUUUCUUUCAUAAACUGAGUAGGUUAAUGGCCAUGGAAAAUAUAAGGAAUUAAUAAUAAUCUUGCUUGGAAAAAUAACCCAAUACUGACAUUUUCUAUCUUCCCAAGAGAUUCAUGACAUUUUUUUUUAAAAAAAACAGGCCAUUAGCUACCCAUCUUCCAUCUCAUGAUCAUGGUUCACAAAUUCAAAUCAUCCAUGAGCCUUUCUUUAGGUUUCCUUUCAUUCCAUACGAUUAGGGUAUGGUUCUGUUUAUCCUACCCUGUUCUGAAUUUUUAGCUUGAAAUUUGUAGCAAAUGAAUAAUAAUUCUGUACCUCUGAUCAUUAACAAUAAGCAUCUUUAUUUUUGUCAUAUGCACAGGAGGAAGGUUUUGGCAAGCAAAUAUUUAAAAAGGAGAACCUGAAACUUUAAGGGACAUGCAACGUUGAUAAAUUCUGGGAAGAGGAGCCUAGGAGGAAGGGGAAUGGAAAGGAAUAGGGACUGGAAAAUUGGUUCUUAAGUGGGGUAGUCAUUAAGCAAGUCACAUGACUGGACUCGAUUGUGCAACCAUUUUUACGGUGGUCGUUACAUGAAUCACAUAGUCGUUAAGCAAAUCCAGCUUCCCCGAUGGACUUUUUCUUUGCCAGAAUUCACUUAAUGACCAUGUGAUUCACUUAAUGACCAACAUAAAAAGGUAACAAAUUGCAAUCAUGUGACUGGGGGUGCGUGACAGUUUGCUACGGUAGUAAGUACGAGUACAGAUCAUAAAGUACUUUUUCCGAGGCCGUUGUAGCUUUGAACCAUUAUUUAAAUGAACAGUCAUUAAGUGAUGACUACCUGUAUUGAAAAGGAGCAGCCCAGAUCAAAACAUUUUGUUAUAUGUCCCACUUGUACUUCUUUGCAAAAGAACAUGUAAAAAGCUCUGCCUAACAAGGAAGAAAGACAAAUAGAAUAGAAUUAUUUUUAAUGGCUUUAAUCAGGAUUUAGUAAGUAUACUGCAUGGUAUGAAAAUGGCUGAUAGGGAUGGACUCCCUAGAAUCUUUUAGGAAUUGCAAAGAAAUACAAAUCUUGAGACCAGUGAUAUUCUACUCAGAAAAGCUUGAAUUGAAAUUGUAAUGCUGUGCAUAAGAGAUAUUUUGUAAUGUAUUACACUACUUUUAUGCAGCUUCAGUCAUUUUGUCUCUGAGCAACUCACAAGCAGCAAGAUACAAUAAUAAUAUUACAAAAAGAAUAAAAUAAAUGGUAGGAGGACAUUCCACAGGAAUGGAACUCCUGCAGAAAAUGAUCCCUUCCAGGUCUUCUUUUGAUACAUUUCAUGGGGAAUGGGAAUGCUCAGGAAGCAUUAUGUAUUAACAUACAUCUUGUAUUAACAGAUACAUCUUGAAUGAGCAAAUUCUAUUUGGAUUAAGCAGUCUUGCCAUGAAGCCUUCCCAAGUCUUCCCAAGCCAUGAUUUCGAAGGCUAUAAUUAGCACCCUGAAUUACAUCUGGAAACAAACUGGCAACAAUGCAACUCCUACAAUAUUGAUAUUACAUGACAGUAUGGAGUUGUCUCAGUUAAUAUCCAGCCCUUCACAUUUUGAGGUAGUUGCAGUUUCUGGAUGGUCUUUUAAGGACAGUACUAUGUAGAGCAUAUUACGUAGUCCACUAGUGAGGUGACAAAGGUAUAAGUGGCUAUAGUCAGCAUCUUCUCCUUCAGGAACAUUCACUAUCAGCACACAUGUUGAAGCUAGACAAAGGUCUUCCUGGCCACAGUUUCUAUCUGCUGUUCCAAAAGAUCUGAGAGUACAGGAACACCCCUAGAUUGUACACCAACUCUUUCAGUAGGAGCAUAACCACAUCCAGAGCUAAAGCUGAUAUUGUCCCAGAUUCAGUUGACUUCUUAGUCCAUAGACACUCUACUUUGCUAGGGUUAAGUCUUACCCUGUUUCUUCCAGAUCUUUACAGCCUCCACACAUGGGACAAGACAUUCUGCCACAUCUUGACAGCCUGGAAUUGAGAUGGAUAACCUGGUCUCCUCAGCAUAUUAAAUGAUACUAAACCCCAUUUCUUGGAUUAUCUCCCCCAGUGACUACUUGUAGAUGUUAAAUAAAAUGAGAAAGAGGGUUGAACCUUGUGACAUCCCAUGUACGCACUGGAAGUAUCCACUCAGGAAGGAGCUGAACUACCAUGGAACAGUGCCUCUAAUUCUUGUGGGUCCAGAAGCAUACCAAGAUUUAUGGUAUAAUAGGGUAGCGCUCCCCCUUCUAAUCAUUAAUCAUUGAGCUUUUUCAUUAAGAUUAUUAAUGAGAGUAAUUUUGAGGUUUUUCUCUCCCAUGCCCAGGCCUAAACCCUGAACUGAAAAUGAUACAAAUAAUCCAUUUUCCAGAGCUCUUUGUAGUUGAUGCCUACAAAAAGGAAGGUUAUUGAGUUGGUGAUAGUUGUCCAGCAUAGCUUGGUCCUUGAUCAUAUCCAUAAGGAGGUACUGCUUCAGUGCUCUUUUAGAAACAUCAGCAUCUCUUCCUCCCAAAAUGAGGCAUUCACAAUGGCCCUUGAUAUCUCAUUUUUGGCCUUAAUGAUGCUAGGUAUAGCUGAACUGGAGAAGGUUUUAGGAUUCUGUUACAAUAUCCAACUAGCAAAAAAAAUAUUUCCAAAAGUCUAAAUGGUUCUUCUUUACUGAGUUUGCCAGCCUUGAAGGGCUCUACAACAAUCUUCAAAGCCUUGUUACUCUCUCAUUAGAGAGGUAUUGGAUCCUGUAUUCUGGACCUAGACCACAGCUAAAGAUCCUUGAGGUACCUCCUGUCUGCAGAACAAGUUGCUGAGCCAUUAUUGCAGCAUAGACAGCAGGUAGAUGCAUAAAUCAUGAGCUUGUAGAAUGCUAUGAUGCAGUUAGCCCAGCAUUUUGCUCAAGGUUGCCUCAGCCUGGAGUAGCCCCACAGGCAGUUCUCCCAUGGGUGAUAUUUUGUUCCCUUGGGAGCCUUCUGGAGGAGUUGAGGGUGGGGCUCAGGACAGAUUCCUAACCUUCACUACCCAGUGUGAACUGUUUAUGGCUAGCAGGCAGCAGAGUUUCCUACAGAUUGGACCAAAGUAGUUUUUGUUCUCAGCCUUUUGAAAGAAGGAACAGCCAGGUGGGCUGUUCUCUACUCACUGAAAACAAUGAUGCCAUCCUGGACAACUCUUAACAAUUUUAUGCAGAAAUUUAGAACUGCCUUUGACAAUUACUUUUGACAAAUUGAAAGUUCCUUUGACAGUUACUCAAGAACAAGCAGCCUUUCAGGAUUUGAAACUAGCCUUCCCUCAGACUCUGCUCCACCAUCCUGAUCCUACCUGCGACAUUAUUGUGCAAACUGGUGCUUCAAACUAUUUUGAGCGCUGUUCCUUUUCAGGUUUCAGCAGAGGAGGGAAAGGACCUAUUCCCUUGUACAUUUUAUUCUAGACUCCUCCCAGCAAUGAUUAUGUUUGUGAUAAGGACUAGCUACCAGUAAAAGUCGUGUUCUAACAAUGGAGGCAUUUCUUACAGGGAGUGGUUCAUCCCAUGCAAGGAUCUUAAGAAUUUGAAAUACCUGCAGAAGGGUCGGACAUUUACUUAACAUCAGGUUGGUUCACCAUUGGGCCAUUCUCACAAACUACAGCCCAUUCUCUAACCAACAGCUCCCCUCUUCCGGCUCUCAGUUGUUGCUACUGAAUACUUCUCAGCUCUACCUUCCUACUUCCAGAAAGGAAUAUUGCAUAGCUGAGAUACAGAACUCAUAAAUAAAAGAAAGUACACUUUUUAAACAUUGAAAAUGGGGAAGGAUUACUAUUCUGUUCUUGGAAUUGAAAAAGGAGCAUCUGAUGAAGACAUCAAGAAAGCAUACCGAAAACAAGCCCUUAAAUGGCAUCCAGACAAGAACAAAUCUCCCCAUGCAGAAGAAAAAUUCAAAGAGAUUGCAGAAGCCUAUGAGGUCUUGAGUGAUCCCAAAAAAAGAGAAAUUUAUGAUCAGUUUGGAGAAGAAGGUUUGAAAGGAGGGGCUGGUGGACCAGAUGGUCAAGGGGGUACUUUCCGUUAUUCUUUUCAUGGAGACCCACAUGCCACAUUUGCAGCAUUUUUUGGUGGUGCAAAUCCUUUCGAAAUGUUCUUUGGUAGAAGGAUGCCUGGUGGCAGGGACACUGAAGAUAUGGAAGUGGAUGGAGAUCCAUUUGGUUCCUUUACUACUUUUAGUAUGAAUGGAUUUCCAAGAGAAAGAAACACAGUUGGUAAUCAACCCCGUCGUAAACAAGAUCCUCCCAUUAUUCAUGAAUUGAAAGUAUCAUUGGAAGAGAUUUACCAGGGCUGCACAAAAAGAAUGAGAAUUUCCCGAAAAAGGCUCAAUCCAGAUGGAAGAAGUGUCCGAACAGAAGAUAAAAUCCUUACAAUUGAUAUUAAGAGAGGAUGGAAAGAAGGUACCAAAAUUACAUUCCCCAAAGAGGGUGAUGAAACACCCAAUACCAUCCCAGCUGAUAUUGUGUUUGUUAUUAAAGAUAAAUUACAUCCUCAUUUCAAGAGAGAUGGUUCGAAUAUAAUCUACCCUGUCAAGGUUAGCUUACGGGAGGCUUUAUGUGGCACCUCAAUCAAUGUACCAACUAUAGAAGGCCGAACCAUACCUAUGACAAUAAAUGAAGUUGUAAAGCCUGGAAUGAGAAGAAGAAUUAUAGGAUAUGGUUUACCAUUUCCUAAAAAUCAUGAGCAACGAGAUAGUUAAACAAAACACAGGAAGAUAAACUUCACUUCUGCCUCCCCCCUCCAUUUUAUGAAUCAGAAAAGACAAUUGCAGAAUAACAACCUCAUCUAAAAGUCUUCUCUGUCUGAAGAGAACGCAAAAGAGGCAGUCAUCCACAGAUUUGCACUAGAAGCAGUAAAAUGUUGUUUUGCUAUAAGUUUAACAUUAACAUAACUACAUCCCAAACCUUAUAUAUGUUUCUUGAAAAUCAUAGUAAAACUCAGGUAUUGAACUACAGCUCUGUUUUAUGCUACUAUAAAUCUGUUUUUAAGAAGGGUAAGACUUUCUGUUUCUCUUUGAUUUCUAUGAAAUUUAAUCCCAAAAGGACUGAGGAAGCAGCCAUCCAAAUAAAUUCAAUUCCAAUAAUUUACUUCUGAAUAAAGCAGUAGGUGCACUUAAAUUAAGGGUGGUUGCCAAUCUUUGCUUCUGGGUGUAAUUCAGGGUGCUGUUUAUAAUAUAUAAAGCCCUACAUGGCAUGGGACCAGGGUAUUUGAGGGACUGGCUUACCCCACUCUUUCUACCCAUCCCACUAGGUGGGGCAAGAGGGGCAUGCUCUGGGUUCUGUGGGUCAGGGACUGUCAUCCAAUGGGACCCAGGGAGUGUGCCUUUUCCAACAAGCCUUGAAGACCUGGGUGUUUUCCUGGACAUGGGGAUCGGGGGAGUAAUUGAGCCCAAUUGUCGGUGUAUGGUGUCUUCAGGAGCCACUCUGUGUUUUAGUUGGCCUUAAUAUGUAUUUUUUUAAAAUACUGUAUUCGUAUUGUAUUUUUUAAUCUUCGUUAGCUGCCCAGAGUCGAAUUCGGGAGAUGGGCAGCCAUAUAAAUCGAUUUAAGUAAACAAAAUCAGUGAAUAAAAUCUUAUG